GUGGGCAUGAAGAUGGUGAUUGUGUCCAAACUGAAGGGUGUCGCUCAGCGCUGGUUGCAUGCAAAUGCAACGCGUAUUAUGGAGCCGGCAGAGAAUCUUUUGGAACAGCUGAUAUUAGCAUUCGGCGAUAAGCUUUCAAAAGCAGAGGCACGACGCAAAUUUGAAGAUUUAAAGUGGCAUCAUUCCGAAAAGUUCGCGGUGUAUUUUGAGGCAAAGACAAUGCUAGCCAGCAGCAUCAACAUCGAACCGGACGAAUUGGUUGAUCAGAUAGUCGAGGGAAUACGAGCACAGAAUUUGCGUGAUCAAGCCCGGAUCCAAUGCUUCACAGAUCCGAUGCAAAUUCUCCGUGCGUUUGCUGGUAUCCGUUUGGACAAGCCAAAGGAGUUGGUGUCGAAGGAGCUGAACAGGAAUAGGAGCGACAACGGAGGAUUCCGCUGCGGUAAUUGCAACGCCAGAGGACACAUCGCUAAGGAUUGUCGAAAGCCAGCAAGGGUGCCAGGAUCCUGCUAUGCUUGUGGCAAGUUCGGCCACUUCGUAGCCCAAUGCGAGGAAAGGAAGGGAAAUGCUGAAAAUAAAUAUCAUGCAUCUUAGACUCUGGCAGUCCAAUUUCAUUGAUUAAAUUAUCUUUGUUGCCCAGGGAGGCCAAACUACAUGAAGUUAAAGAACAUUAUUUUGGUAUAAAUAGAAGCCCAUUACAAAUCUAUGGA